CGCAUCGCUGCAGCCAACCAGCCGAAGACAGCGUUCCGAUCGCGCUUCGGCCACUAGGAGUUUACGGUGAUGUCAUUCGGCCUCACCAAUGCACCUGCUACCUUCCAGAGGGCGAUGAACGACAUCUUCAGGGACAUCCUGGAGCAGUACGUUCUCGUCUACCUCCACGAUAUCCUGGUCUAUAGUCGUACUCUUGAGGAGCACCUAAGACACCUCCGCGACGUCCUUGACCGCUUGCGCAAACAUGGUUCCUACGCCAAGCUGAGCAAGUGUCGCUUUGCCCAGCACAAAGUGGACUUCUUAGGACAUUACGUGUCUGACCAGGGUCUCCACAUGGACGACGCGAAAAUCACUGCUAUUGCGGAGUGGCCCGCUCCCACAUCCGCCAAGCAGCUUCGCAGCUUCCUAGGCAUGACCAGCUACUGUAGUAACUUCAUCCGGGGAUACGCUAGGUAUUCCUACGUCCUUACCUCCACCCUCCUCCGGAAGAACCCACCCUGGGCUUGGACACUCCUCCACGAGGACGCCUUCCGCGCCCUCAAGAAGGCGGUGACAUGCGCACCGGUUCUCCACCUACCCGAUUUUGAUCGCUUUUUUAUCCUUACCACCGAUGCGUCAGACUUUGCUGUAGGAGCAGUGCUUUCUCAGGUCUUCCCCUCCUCUCCUGAUUCCUCUCAUCCUCGCAUCCCUCGCUUUUCACCACCUACCCCUACCACUGCUUCCCGACUGACGCCUACUCGUCCAGCUACUGACGAGCCUUCUAUUGACUAUUCUCCUACCAUCGCCGAGGACGGCACUGUCGAGUCCCGCUCAGGUGAUUGUCCGAUAGCCUUCUACUCCCGUCAGCUCCUGCCCGUCGAGAUAAACUACACUGCUGAUGAACGUGAGGUUCUCGCAGUAGUUUAUGCCGCUCGGCACUGGCGUCACUACCUGCACGGGGCACCGUUCACGCGUGCACGCUUUGUUCCGUGCCGCUAUGCUACCAGUGCACGUGAGGUCGCCGACAUCGUGUUUGACCGAGCCGUGCGCGACCACGGCUUACCUCUCAGCAUCAUUUCUGACCGUGACCCGCGCUUUACCAGCCGAUUCUGGCGACGGCUCCACGAGGUAUACGGCACUCAGCUCCGCUUCUCCUCAUCUUACCAUCCUCAGACUGAUGGUCAGACCGAGAUCACGAACAAGACUCUAGGAGAUAUUCUCCGAAAGAUUGUUCGUGACGACCAGCAAUGGGACCUCCAUCUUGCCCACGCGGAGAUAGCCUACAACCACGCCGUCUCGCCAGCCACGGGGAUGUCGCCUUACUAUUGCGACCUCGGCUAUCACCCUUGUGUUCCCGCGGACUUCCUUCCACCGUCACAGAUGCAACCCGACACGAGUUGUCCCGCGCUGGAUGAUUGGGUUUCACACAUGACGUCGAUCAUGAAGACCGCACAUGAGCACAUAGCCGCUUCCCAGACUCGCAUGGCAACAAGUGCGAACCGAUCGAGGAUGGAUCAUCCAUUCAAAGUCGGUGAUGAUGUGCUUAUCGACGCCCGCCACUUACAGCUCGAAGCGGAUACGCUUCGAAAGUUUCGGCGUCGCUUCUUUGGUCCAUGCCGCAUCCUCCAGGCCGUCGGUUCUGAUACGGCUUCUAGCCCGGUCAGCUUCCGUGUGAAGCUGCCUGACUACCUACGCCAGGCUCGUGUGCUUGAUGUCUACCACGUCUCGUUACUGCGUCCUUACCGCAGACCGUCUGAGCGUUUCGCCGGACGACCAUACGAGCGCCCUCCACCCAUCAUGGUGGACGGUCACGAGGAGUUACUCGUUUCAGACAUCAUUGGUCGUCGAGUCACCGACGACAACCCUCCCCACGUCGAGUAUCUUGUACGUUGGAAGGGUUACCCUGAUGAGAAGGCUACCUUGGAGCCCCUCGAGCACUUGCAGCACGCUCGCAUGUUGGUGCGUGCCUAUGACCGUGCUCGUCAGGCUGGGUUCACUGCUCCUCCUCAGCCCACUGACCCUCCUCCUUCUCCUCCGGCUGAGGAGACCGCUGAAGUCGAGCCUGCUCCAUCUGAGGCAGACCUUCAGCAGCAGCCGGAUGCUUCUGAGCGUCCACAUCACACUCGUCGUCGUCCUGCUCGAUACGACGAUUGACUCUGACUUACCUUCCCACGU